AUGCAAGCCCUCACCGACCUGCCGUACCAGAAGGCAACGAUACCGAUCCCAAUCAUAUUUCUCACCUCGAUAUGGGGAGAUGAGGCCAAGUAUGCAAUCUUGCUGCCCCACCUGCUGAUCGAGUUUCAGAUCGGCCUCUUCUCUUCCGACAAAGACUCCUUCCCAGACCUGCAAAGUCAGAUGCACCUCAUCAAAGAAGUUGCGACUGAUUGGAACAACUUCACCAGUAUCAUGAAUCAAGACCUCAGUUUUGCCCUUCUUUUGAUCUUUUGCCAGAUCAUACACCUUCACAACACCGAGAACUUCAUCUCGCAUGGAUAUUUCCCAGUCAAGAUAGGAGGAGGGGCCUCCCUUAACCACUUGGUCCGGCCGUAA